AUGAAUAUAAGAAAACCGGCCAAUUACGAGCCAUUUCCAUGGGAGAUAUCUGCAAAUGUCAGUGUUUGGACGAACGGCGGUAACGGUUUGCCAGUUGAUUUGGAUAGCAGAAUAAGGAAACGACCGCGACAUCCACCACCGAAAUGUGCAGAAAUUUUCUUCCGACAGAGCAAAUAUCGUAUUGCGGUAUGUGGUCGAUUGCUUAAUUGA